AUGGGCUCCUUCAUAAAUCCUGCUCCGCUGCUCCUCGUACAUCCUGCAUCGAGGGAGUCAAUGCAAAAGAUGGAAGGCGCGUCAAAGAAGCUGCAGUAUUGGAGGCUGUACGCGCUGUCGAUGGUGUUGGGAAUCGGUGGAUCAUUUCAGUACGGGAUUCAGGUGUCUGUCAUUGCCUCACCUGAGGAGCACGUGCAGAGUUUCGUGAACUACACGUGGUUGUGGAGGUACGACGCUCCAGUGACCGACUCUUCGAACAAGCUCAUCUGGUCCUUCAUCGUGGCUGUGCUGAGCCUCGGAGCUUGGGCCGGGGCCAUUCACAGCGGCAGCCUUCCUGUCACCUACGGCCGGAAAAAAGCUCUCCUGUUCAACAAUGUUGUGGCGAUGGUUGCUGCGCUGCUCAUGCUCUUCAGUCGCAUAUCCAAAUCUUUUGAGAUGAUCUUGUUGGGCCGAUUCCUGUAUGGGUAUAACGUCGGUCUCGGCCUGAGCGUUCACCUCAUGUACCUCGGGGAGAGUUCGCCAAAGAAAUUCAGAGGUUUCCUGACUCUCACCAGCUCAAUCUUCAUUGGUUUUGGCAAAGUUACGGGUCAAAUUAUUGGCAUCAAGGAGAUGAUGGGAACAGAGGACAUGUGGCCGUAUCUCUUGGCUGUUAGUGGUAUUCCUGCCAUCCUGCAGUUUGCGAUGCUGCUUUUCUUCCCUGAGGCGCCUCGAUACCUUUACAUCGACAAAGGAGACACUGAAGGCUGCAAAAAAGCGCUGCAGUGGCUGUGGCAGGAGGAGGACUUGAAGCAGGAGUUGGACGACAUGGAGCAAGAGAGACUGAGCUCACAGGGAGAGAAGGCGAAGACCGUGAAGGACGUGUUGACCUCUCGCUGUGUCAGGUGGCAGCUGCUGACUCUGGCCAUCCCCUGUGCUGGUAUACAGUUCUGCGGCAUCAACGCUCUCUACUUCUACGCCUUUGACAUCUUCCGGGAGUCAGGAGUGCCGGAGGAACAGAUGCAUUACUUGGCCAUUGGUAUCGGAGCAACAGAGUUAAUCGCCAUAACCCUGUGUUCUUUUCUGAUAGAUCGCGCUGGCAGGAAGAAGCUAAUGGGCUAUGGCUAUUUACUAAUGGGCAUCACAAUGUCUCUACUCACUGCCAUGUUGUCCAUCAAGGAUUUGAAUUCAUCGAUCCCAUAUGUGAACAUCGCCCUGAUCUUCUGUGUCAUCUGCAUCUAUGGACUUGGACCCUCCGGUGUUUCCAUGGCUCUUCCCGCUGACCUUUUUCUUCAAGCCUGGCGUCCUUCUGCCUACGUGAUCAGUGGGACGGUCAACUGGCUCUCCAUGUUCCUCGUGGGGAUGUUAUUUGGCUAUGUAGUGGAUGGACUCGGAGAGUACUGCUUCCUGAUCUUUGUGGCUUACUGCAUUGUCAGUGCAGGAUUUAUGAUUUAUUUUGUCCCAGAGACAAAAGGAAAAACAAUGCUUGAGAUUAUGGAAGAGUUCAACAAAAUAAAUUACAAGAACGAUGGAAACGACAUUGAAAGGACAGACAUCACACUUGCAACUAAAUUAUGAAUAUUAUAUACAUAUAAACAUGAUUUACUCUUUAACAUUGUUUAGAUAAGUCCUGUACAAUCAAGUUAUUAUUAUUCAUAUGUUUUAUUAUUCAUAUCUUUUCAUAUUUUUAAAUCAAAUAUUAAACCACAUGUUUUUAAGAGGGCAACCUUUUCAUUAAUAGUAACAUCUAACUACAGAAAUGUAUUAAGCCAAAUGUUUUCAAGGACUGAAACGGAGGACAUCCCCUCAGCAAACUUUGGGAAAAGGCAGCCCCUCAUUCCACUGAAGUUUCUUGCUUAGUUUUCUUAAUGACUGGAUGCCAUAUGCAAGCAUGGUUAUUUUAUUUAAGACAUAAUUCAAAACUACACCAAAUGCAGAAAAAGGUCAGUCUUAAGGUAGCUAGUUCAUUCACUGAAGUAUUGCCUGAGUGUUGUAAAAGCAGUAUUAGCUGAUGUGAUCCGGGCACAGUACACUGCCAGAUGAUAGUUUUAAAUUGUUCGUUGAAAAAAGACACACAAGCUGAAUAAAGUUGAAUAGGUUUCUGAACUCGUGUGACCUCCCAGUCUGUUCUGUUCUUCACAAUAAAUAUCAAAUUUAAGUUACGUAACAAUUUUUUAUUAAAUGAUUAUGAUCAUGUCAUUUUUUAUAUUUAAGAAAUAGUACAACCAGCCCAUUUCAACAAUAAUGGAUCACCUGACAAAUGUACGUGCAGAUACAUCGCAACCACUUUUUUGUG